AUGGAUUGGUAUUCAUGGCUGUCAAAGUCUUCUUCUCUUGACCCUUCACAUGUGUACGAGUAUGGCCUAGCCUUCACCCGGAAUGAGCUCAAGGACGAAGAUUUGAGGCACUUUAACCACGAGUUUCUUCAGAGCAUGGGCAUAUCCGUGGCUAAACACCGCCUCGAGAUUCUAAAGCUAGCAAGAAAUUCUAAGGAGGGAGGCCUUUCGAGAUUCGUGAACACCACCAAGAAGCUUCUUGCCAAGAUGGUUCCUCAUCAUCAUCAGAGGAAGGUUAAGAUGGUGAGCCGUUAUCAGGAACGGGGCCCGAUGCGGCCCUGUAAACCGCGGUUGCUGAAGUCAGGGCCGCUUGAUAGGAAGGUUCCGGUUUCGGUUCAGGAGAAAAUGGCAAUCACUCCAAGUAGCCUAUCAGGGCCCUUGGAUGCCAAGGUUCAAGAGAGAUUGAUGCUCCCAAGCUGUAGCCCUAUGGGUUGGGGUGGAGAGGUGAGGAAGGAGAGGAGGAUGGUGUUUCCCACCAUAAGCCCUAGUAGAUCAGGGCCGUUGGAUGCCACCAGCUGGACUUUGAUGAGCAUGAGCCCAAGCACUAAUCAGAACAACGACGCUCAUUCACUAUGGUCCUUAAUGUUUCAAGACAUGAAGCCAACUUAA